AUGGCGCUCAGAAUCAAUAUUCCCCCGGCGACUCGUGUCUGCCUCAUCAGUCUUAUCACCCUCUCCUUCCUGUAUAACAUCGCCCGAUGGCGCCAGCUUGACACAACCCCGGGUACGCCCGUCAUCUCCCCUCCGAUUCCCUACCUGACGCUCGUCCCGUCGCAGUUCCUCUUUUAUCCUUGGACCCUCCUCACGGCGACAUUUGUGGAGCAGAACAUCUUCACCGUGCUGCUGAACGUCGCAACUCUCUUCUAUGGAGGAAAAUACCUGGAGCGAGGGUGGGGCUCGCGAGAGUUCACCAAGUUCAUUGUUGCCAUCGCCGUUGUACCCAACGUGGUGAUCGUGCCGCUCUACAUUGUAUGGGCUGCGAUCAGAGGCGGUUCGAGUAGCGGUGUCACACAAAUCUGCGGCGGUAUCUCGAUCCAAGCCGCUUUCCUCGUCGCAUUCAAACAACUUGUCCCCGAGCAUACGGUGACCAUUUUUAAGGGCCUCGUAAAGAUGAGGGUGAAGCACUUCCCCGCCGCCUUCCUGCUACUGAACACGGUCGGUGGAGUGCUCCUGGGGACACAUGUUGCGGCCACUCUUGCAUGGUUCGGCCUGAUUACGAGCUGGACUUAUCUUCGAUUCUUCAAGCGGCAACCAGACCUCACCGGAACGUCGACCGAUGGACUGGGGAUCAAGGGCGAUGCGAGCGAAACGUUUGCCUUCAAAUGCUUUUUCCCCGACGUCGUGCAGCCACCGAUUGGCGUUGUAUCCGAUGUCGUCUACUCCGCCCUCGUCUCGUUGAAAGUGUGCACUCCAUUCUCUGAGGCAGAAAUCGCAUCCGGAAACCAGCAAGCUCUUGCUCGGGGAGAGGCAGGCCUUCCCAGCCUCCUCAGCAACCGAGGCGGGCGAGGUAUGGCCAAGCGUGAGGAGGCGGAGCGGCGGCGAGCCGUGGCGCUGAAGGCGUUGGACCAGAGACUUCAGGCAGCUGUUGCUGCACGGGGACAGCCGAGCUCGUCGGGCCCUAGUCAAACCCAAACAGCAACACCGUCUGUCCCGGGACAAACGAUGUUGGGGGAGACUAAUUAUACACCGGACCAUACUUAG